CUGUCAGGCGGCUGCAGUAACAUCUGGCUGGCUACUUCCAUACACAGCGAUGAGUACACUAGCGUCUUCUGGAUCAAAGCAGGAGCCCCGGACCGUGUGAGCAAGCUAUCUGGGCUGAUGAGAGCUCACUGACGGCCAUCCUGCCACCCCACGCCGCGCGUGAAGAUCUCACGAGGGGCAUCUCCAGCCAGCAGCAGUGCAUUGAAGGUUGAGCGGCCCCCCGGAACAAGCAUGAAGACGUAUGUAUUCGUUUACCAUCUCCUCCAGUUCUGCGGACAUUCCUGGAUCUUCACCAAUAUGGUCGCAAGGUUUCUCUUCUUUGGACAAGAUUCCUUUGUGGACACGUUCUACACAAUUGGGCUGGUAAUGCAAGCCUGCCAGUUACUGUCUGCGCUGGAGCCUGUCCAUGCGCUGCUUGGGGCUGAGCAGCAGCGAUUCUUCCCAACUCUCUUACUGGUGACAGAGAGACUGGUCAUCCUUUUCGUAGUCAUUACCAGCCAGGAGGAGGUGCAGAGCAAAUGCGUUGUUUGUGCUUUGUUCUUCCUUUGGAACACGUGGGACGUUGUAAGGUACUCAUACCACAUGUUGUCAGCAGUAGGCAUUGGCUACCCAGAACUGACCUGGCUGAAACACACAUGGUGGAUUCCAAUAUAUCCUUUGUCAGUACUGGCUGAAGUGUACACAAUUUAUGAAUCUCUUCCUUAUUUUGAAUCAUUCGGCACGUAUUCCUUUAAGACGUCAUUGCCACUUCUGGUAUCAAUCCAUUUCCCGUACAUUUUGAAAGUCUACUUUAUCAUACUUCCAGCAGGUAUGCUUUAUAUAUGCACCCAUUUAUGGUCGGAAAGAAAACUCUAUCGCCAACGACGGAAUUCAAAGCUAAAAAUGAAAUAAACCGGUUUUCACCGCUCUCACUAUCCUGGAAACCCUGAACAUGUUCUAUGUGAGCCUCUCCAGAAGAUGAAAUGGUAUUUUGUAAUGGCAGACAUGGUGGCCAAUAGCAGGGCAACCACAAGAUGGUGAGGAGUUUGUGUUUAUUACCAUGAUGUUGUCGUAUUGUAACUAGUUUACAUUCUCAAAUAACUUAUAAAACACGCACUUGUGUAUAAAGCACACUAAAUUUAUAGCUUAAAAUCGGGAAUUUUUUUUUAUAUAUAUAUAGCAAAAGAGCACUUGUUUAUUUUAUACUUUGUCUAAAUGUUAAGCAUUAUUUGUGUACAAAUACAUGUUGAAGAGGACAA